AUGAACGGAAUAAUCUCAUCGUAUGUUUUAAAAUCAUCUGAUCAGAAUUUUGUUUUAGUUUUCCUGCGAAAUACGCAGCUAAGGUUGGAAGAACAGAUGACUUUAGAUACAAAACAUGCGCCACCUUUUACCUUGGGAUGUAUUGUGCAAGUAUUUUCCCAAUGUGCGCCACCGGUGCAGCACAAGUUGCUCAAACAUUUCCCAUAUGAUAUUGCCGCAGCGUGUGGAUCAAACGUUUCAGUAAUCAUUAAACUUAAAUUUUAUAAUUUAUCUCAGGUUCCACCAUUCUGCUCUUUUUCAGCAUUUGUGAAUUACCCUAGAAUACCACCUCAGUACACAUCAUACGAGGCUUCGAAACUAUACACUGAAAUUUGCCCAAAAUAUGAUCCAAACCAAGACUUACCACUUGACUUGUAUAGCAGAAAGGACGGUUUCCACUCCUCAAUAUCAGAUGCAUCAAAGGAAAAGGCUGCAAAAUUACCUCUUUAUGAAAAACUAAUUAGGUCCCUAGAGUUUCAUUACGCACCAAGACCUAAACCAUGUGAUUGCGAAAAGGUGAAAGCUAAAUCAAAGCAUCCGAACAAAUUUCUGAGACUCAUUACGAGAAACCUCAAAUUACAAGUGAGUAUGAGAAAAGAUGCUGUACUGAAUGCAAACCCAUUUGGGAAGCCAUUUACUCUGUUAAAUAGUUCCUACGAGCUGAACUUAAUAUCUUUUAAUUAUAUACCAAAUGUGUAG